AUGGCGGGAUCCUUAACGUGGUCAUGUACUUGUUGCCUGCGGUUCAAGUUCAGCCCCGAGGAGAUCGAGCAGCGUUACAAAAGUCAAGAAAUCGAUCGAAUGCUGGAGAAGGAUCGUCAAACUCUUCGGCGACAGGUUAAGCUGCUGCUCCUCGGGGCAGGCGAGAGCGGAAAGUCGACAUUCCUCAAACAGAUGCGAAUUAUUCACGGAAUUAAAUUCGAGCCUGAAUUAAUUAAAGAAUAUCAACAUGUAAUUUACCAAAAUAUAAUUAAAGGAAUGAAGGUCUUAGUAGAUGCUCGUGAUAAGUUAAAUAUUCCAUGGGAAAACUCUAAAAAUUAUGAUAUUGGUUAUCAGUUAUUGAAAUUCGAAAAUACUAUGGUGUUGGAUGCUAGAUUGUUCCUUCAUUACGUACCAGCUUUGCAAAGUUUAUGGAAAGAUGCAUCGAUCAGAAAAGCCUUUGAUAGAAGAAGAGAAUUUCAAUUAAGUGAUUCAGUUCAAUAUUUCUUGGAUAAUCUUGACAGGAUUGCAAGAGUGGAUUAUGUACCUACACAUCAAGAUAUUUUACAUUGCAGAAAAGCAACUAAAGGAAUUUCAGAAUUUGUCAUACAAAUUAAUAAUAUUCCAUUUCUGUUUGUUGAUGUUGGAGGACAACGAUCACAAAGACAAAAAUGGUACCAGUGUUUUGAUUGUGUUACCUCGAUACUUUUUCUUGUUUCAUCAUCCGAAUUUGAUCAAGUGUUGUUAGAAGAUAGAAGAACCAAUCGGUUGGAAGAAUCGAAAAAUAUAUUUGAUACAAUAGUCAACAAUAUGAUAUUUGGUGGAGUGUCUAUCAUUCUAUUUUUAAAUAAAACCGAUUUGUUAGACAAAAAAGUAAGAUCCCCUGAUACGAAUGUUCGUUGGUACUUUCCACAAUUCACAGGAGAUUCACAUUCCAUGAAGGAUGUGCAGAAUUUUAUACUUGAAAUGUUUAUAUCUGUUAAAAGGGAUCCAAGGAAACCUCUUUUUCACCAUUUUACUACUGCUGUGGAUACAGAAAACAUAAAAGUUGUAUUUAAUGCUGUCAAGGACACGAUUUUGCAUAGAAAUCUCGAGUCGUUAAUGCUCCAAUAAUGAUAAAUGUGAAUAAAAAGUGAAAUGACUUUUGAUCCAAACAUAUGCAUUCAACAUUUAGUGUUUGAUACAUAGUGAAGUGAAAUUAUAGUCAAAGAAGUAUUAAGAUGUCGAUUAGGAAAGAAUAUUCUGGUAAGACAAUAUAUAUUAUGUAUAUUGUAUUAAUGUAAAUCUCGUGAUUAUUUCCGUUUAUAACGGAAAAGCAAACGUUUUCAUAAUAGUUUUAUACAACAAAGGAAGUAAAAACUGCCUAAUGAAAACAUGAAUUGAAAAUUUUUAAUGCUCUAUAUACUAUAUAUAUAUAUAUACAUUGAUAAUAUAUUUCCAUCUUUUUGAUGAAUAUUGAUUACUAAAGGGUUGUAAGAAGACUAUUAUAUACAAUAUAUUGUACAUAGCAUCUUGUAUUCUAUACAUUGUCGAUAACAACGGUUUUACAUGUUUGUAUAAAAAAGGAUCAGUUUGCUAAUAGUUUAGUUAAGAUCUUUCUA